CCCCGCCCCCGCCGCCUGCCUCGCUCACCUCGGAAGCACAGGCUCGCGGCGCGGCGCUGGGGUGCUCCCCGGCACCCCGGCCUCGAGUCCCCACCCGCUGUACCUCCGGGACCCCCCUUACUCUCGACAGGCACCAGGAGUUGUCGCAAGGGGGCCUUGGGAAAUUCCCCGGACCCCUGUGCCAGGAGGUGCCCGGUUCGCCCGCUCCCCCCCCCCCCCACCCCCGAGGGCGGUGCCCGGGGGUGCUGCCCCAUGGAGCAGGGAGGCGGGCGCCGUCUGCUCUCGGAGCCGUGACCCGAGUCUUGUCGGAGCUGUGUGUCGCGUGUCGCAGACGCCCCGACCCCAGCUGAUCAUGCGCCGCCGCCCCUGGCUCGCCAGGCCCACCGGGCUGUGAGCCCCCCACUCCCGGCCCUUCACGGCCCGGCCCGCGCGCCAUGGGCAGCGCCCACCCUCGCCCCUGGCUGCGGCUCCGACCCUGGCCCCAGCCGCGGCCCGCGCUCUGCGCGCUCCUGUUCUUCCUACUGCUGCUGGCUGCUGCUGUGCCCAGAUCAGCACCCAACGACAUCCUGGGCCUCCACCUUCCCCCGGAGCCUGUGCUCAACGCCAACACAGUUUGCCUGACAUUGCCUGGCCUGAGCCGGCGGCAGAUGGAGGUGUGUGUGCGUCACCCUGACGUGGCCGCCUCAGCCAUCCAGGGCAUCCAAAUCGCCAUCCACGAGUGCCAACACCAGUUCCGGGACCAGCGCUGGAACUGCUCUAGCUUGGAGACUCGAAACAAGAUCCCUUAUGAGAGUCCCAUCUUCAGCAGAGGUUUCAGAGAGAGCGCUUUUGCCUACGCAAUCGCAGCAGCCGGGGUGGUGCACGCGGUAUCCAACGCGUGCGCCCUGGGCAAACUGCGGGCAUGCGGCUGCGACGCAUCCCGGCGCGGAGACGAGGAGGCCUUCCGUCGCAAGCUGCAUCGUCUGCAGCUGGACGCGCUGCAGAGGGGUAAGGGGCUGAGCCACGGGGUCCCAGAACACCCCGCCCUGCCCCCUGCCAGCCCUGGCCUGCAGGACUCCUGGGAGUGGGGCGGCUGCAGCCCUGACGUGGGCUUCGGGGAGCGCUUCUCUAAGGACUUUCUGGACUCCCGGGAGCCUCACAGAGACAUCCACGCGCGCAUGAGGCUCCACAACAACCGAGUUGGGAGGCAGGCGGUGAUGGAGAACAUGCGGCGAAAGUGCAAGUGCCACGGCACGUCAGGCAGCUGCCAACUCAAGACCUGCUGGCAGGUGACGCCCGAGUUCCGAGCAGUGGGGGCGCUGCUGCGCAACCGCUUCCACCGCGCCACGCUCAUCCGGCCUCACAACCGCAACGGCGGCCAGCUGGAGCCAGGCCCCGCGGGGGCACCCUCGCCCGCCCCGGGCACUCCUGUGCCGCGCCGGCGAGCCAGCCCCGCCGACCUGGUCUACUUCGAGAAAUCGCCCGACUUCUGCGAGCGCGAGCCGCGCCUGGACUCGGCAGGCACCGUGGGCCGCCUGUGCAACAAGAGCAGCGCGGGCCCGGAUGGCUGCGGCAGCAUGUGCUGCGGCCGCGGCCACAACAUCCUGCGCCAGACUCGCAGUGAGCGCUGCCACUGCCGGUUCCACUGGUGCUGUUUUGUGGUGUGCGAAGAGUGCCGCAUCACCGAGUGGGUUAGCGUUUGCAAGUGAGCGGCACAGGUUUCCCUGGGCCCCGAGAAAGGCUCCCCUCCUGGAGCCUGGCCUCUGCACUUGCGAUUUGGCCCAAAGCACCUUGGCUUCCUGGGAGAGACUGGACCACAGGAUCUCAGACGGACUCCCAGUUCUGCAAUCAAGGGACAGUCCAGGGCUUCCAAAUCAACCCCUCUGCUCAAUUCUGUGGGCUUUAGGAUUGAUUGGCCUCCCUCCUUCCUGUCCUAAGCUCACACAGCUCAGUUGGGCUGGAGACUGCCCCAUACCUUAGGACACACACGUGUCAGGCAGGCAGCCCAGCCCCUCAGGCCUGUCUGUGUCCAUCCUUUCUCCCCUUUCCCUGGAGUGGGAGGGAAUGGAUGGAAGCUGAUGGGCAGGGGGAGGAAGAUUAAAAAGAAGAACUGGACAUGACUGAGCUGAAGUAAUUCUUUAAAGGCCCCAGUCAUCCUUACCCAC